AUACUAUUUAAUUACUGCCUAGGGACGUGUGUUAGAUGCCAUAUGCAUUUCAUUACCUUGUGCUACGUCAUGAGUCUGAAAGUAACCGUUGUGUAAUGUAUGUUGUACGCGUGUUUCCUCUGUUCGAAGUGAGGCUGCCACGUCCUAUUGCGGACUGUUGCAAGAGUGGUGAACUGCCGACGUUGUUGUGUAAUACUUGACCAGAUCAAACUUCUCCAUUUACAGGAGAACACUCGCCUCCUCAACUCCCGCCUAUUAGGCGUGCCCAAUAAUGGCCUAGUCUGAUUGGUCAUCCUGCAUGUCAACAAGGUCGAGUCAGACUCUGAUUGGUCGGAACACGUCAUCCUCUUUGCCUUUUCAACUUGGCGCUGCCCGUCCUGACUCGGGUUCGAUUGUCUGUGUGCCGCCCUAGUCCAAACUUUGUCGGCGUCCAGGGUACACUUGACCGUUGACCGGUCGUGAGCUUCCGGUUCGGCCUCACGGUUCUUCUCGUGUCGAAAGCGGACUUUUGGUGUCAAGGCGAGCGCCGCUGAAACUUUGGUCUUCGUCACUCGAGUUGGACAAAGAAAGAUGGCAGACAACGAAGAGCAGGAGCAGCAAGUGUCGUCCAGCUCGGCUCUCUUUAGCGACUUGGUCCACCACUACCAGGCCGAACCAGAGGCCGAGCCCGAACUCUACACCGGUCUUCCGCUCGAUGAGCAGCCCAAGCAGGACCUCUUCAGCCUGGACGACAUCGUGGACUUGGUCGGCGGAGCCCAGGACGCCCUGGAGCGGCACAUGGCUGAAGAUGAGGAGCCACACGGGUUCACGGAACCCCACGAGGAGGAGCCCGACUUACUAGACCCGCAGCCGGACCCGGUGCCACAUUUGAGGGAAGAACAAGAGGCGGAGGAGGACGAGCAGCUCAUGCCAGACUCCAGCGACACCUCCAGCUUCCGCCACACGCCUUCACUUUCCGAUGCCAGUCGAGAAGCGGAGCCACAGGUUUGUCCGGAGAGCGACGCCCUCCCCGCUUCGCCUGCAACCCAGCCAGCAGCGCCAUCCCCCGCACACGCGGCGCAGACACCGGCCGACACACAGCCAGCACGGGCCCCGGUAUCUUGCUGUGUCCAGGGCUGGAAUCUAAACGUGGGCCCCAGAGAUGCUCCUUCUUCUCCUUCUAAACCUCAGCCUCUGAUGCAAUUCCCUACAGACCUGGGGAAGAAGGGUGGUUCCCCUGCUCCCAUCUCCCCUCUCUCUCCCCUCCACUCCCCCGAUUCCCUGGAAGAGCUCUCUUUGACAGAGAGCCCCAACCAGCCCUAUCCUCCGGGAUCCGCCGUAUCCCAAGGCUCCUUUUGCACUCGGGCCCCUGCCGUCCGGUCCAAGGAAAUGUCCUGGGAGGAUGACGAAGAACAUUCCAGACCGGGCCUCAGUCAGGAUAAGGGUGAACUACAUCAGUUAACCGGUCCUUACCUGAGCUUAGGGAAAGACCCGGGGCCUCACGUUCUAUGUGAAGACAGCGGAGUGUCCUUCUCACCUGAGGAGAAGCAUCCGAGUUCAGAAGUCUCCCCCGUCACCCCUCAGAUGGUUGUCAAGUCUGACAUUGCCUCCUCUAACCCAACAGAGCACUGGGAUUCACCGCUUCUCGGAUCGCAAGACAACGCCAAGGUCUCGAUGGAUUCCUUUUCCAAGGAAGCGGCCGCCAUUGGCUCUCCCGGGUACGAGUCGGAGCUGCUCAGCAACCCUUCGGAUGAAGAUGACGACUUGAUGUACGAGGCAAAGAAGAAUAAUAACCCAUUUGAUGGCUUUUCCCCGCUGGCGGACAGCGGUUCCUACAACUUUGGCGAGUCCAAGUCUGACCCCAGAGCCGUCAAGGUGUCAGACAGUCCCACUCCGGAUCUUGUCCAGUCCCGACAAUCUGAAGAACUCCAGGAUAGUCCGCCAUCAUUCUUAGAUGAGGGGAAAACGUUCGAGUCGGGCAUGAAAGCCAUCGAUUCCCUCAGGCAGCCAGUCGGUCACUUCUCAUCUGACCUCGAGGAGGAAGAUGAAGAGGAGGAGGAAGAGGAUACGACGCUGCCACCAUCGCUUCCAGACAUCCUGAAGUCUUCCCCGCUCAACCCUGACAAAUUGGACUCUGGCUCCUCGGAGGGAAGUCCGGACGAGCAGAGCCCCAUUCUGGAACGCAGGAUGAUGGAGUCGCCCAACCCCCCGAUCAACCUGUCAGCCAACAACCCCUUUGCUCUGGAUGCUAAAAUGUCUCUGCUUCAGGAGAUGGCGGAUGAGAUGGAAGUGAAAGUGUCUGACAAAGCAAAAGAUGAAGAAGUGAAACGCUUCGGUGCGUUUGACCUGGUCAAAGAGGCUGAGGAAACCACCCCAGCGCAGGUGAAAGUCGAGGAACCUGUCAAGCAGGUCGAGCAGAAAGAUUGGUUCUCAAGUCACCUUCCUCCCAAGGUGACGGGAAAGUUUGAGCCCGUUGAAUUUGAAAGUGAGAAAGCCCCCGCCGAGGAUUCCGAUUCGGAGUCACCGACUGCAGACUCUCUGUCUCCGGUCCUGGAGGUCAUAACCAAGAACCCUGCCAGUUUCCAGGUGGAGAAGAAGAAUACCAAGGUGGAGCUGGAGGAGCCCGAGGUGGCCGACGAGGUCUCUGAGCAUGAGGUCUCCUCCGAGGAAUUUGAGUUCAUUGAGAGACCACCGAAGGGAGUCAUCGAUGAGUUUCUCGAGGCUCUCGAUACUUCCAAGUUUGCAGCCCCCAAGGUCCCGGAGAUCCCCGUGGAUGAGGUGCGCAGCUUUGAGCAGAUUUCCGCGUCCGCUCCGGUUCUUCCCGAGAUAGCCGCGGAAGUUCCAAGUCAGAGCUCUUACCUGCUCCUAACCCAGUCCUCCUCCCAGAAGAGCAAGGCUGAUCCCGAUCCAGAUAAAUUCUCUGUUCGGGAGCCAGCAUCCCAAACGGCGCGCCCAAAUGCCGCUGUCCUUAAGCCUGAAGAGGCGGUGGCGCAGGAGAGCGCGGAGAGCGGCAAACCGUUCAACAUGCCACGCGUGAACAUUUCGGCAGAAGCCUCGUGAGCUCCUCGAUGCCACCUCCACUUUCUACCAUCCGUGCUUUUUGGCAAUUUCUUUGUUCAUUUAACCCAUUCAUUUUAUUAACCCUGGUAAGUCCAAUGCUUUUUGUUUGUUUGUUUGUUUUUGUGCUUCAGCUAAACAAACUAAACCAGUCCGCAAAUGCACAAGCUAACGGAGCGAAUAAGCCACAAUGCUAAUCUGAGGAGGCAACACUCACUCACCCACAGACAUGUCACAUAGAUAGGAGCCCCGCCCGCCCUCCUCCCAACUGGAUCAAAAAGCACUUUACCACCCAUGCCAUUUUGCAAAAUAACCAAACCAGUGCCGACAUUUCAUUGUUCAAAUAUCCCACGCUUCAUCUCGAUAUUUCGUGGAAGCUCAUUAUUGCACAUUUGCUUCGGAUUUAAAGAUAAUUGUCGAAAAUAGGAUGCAGGUCCAUGUCCUGCGAAGAGAAGUCCCGCAAAUGUCUUGCUUCCUUUCCUUUCCACAACUUGCGUAUGCUUCUGGUGCGCCGACAAGCUCGCACAGGGCUGAAGACGUGUUUUAUCUUUUUCGCUCGUCUUGCCGCCGCAAGCAAGCAUAACACAAAAGACCUGACUCACCCGACACAAGACGGCUCAGCUGAGUCUUGACUGACAUUUUCUAGCGGGUGAAUUCUGUGUGUGUGAGAGCGAGAUCCCCUGCUAAUUCAAGCCUCCUCCCUGCAUUGCGACACUGGCAGAUCCGCCAAGGUGUCUGUUGAAAGAGAACUGUCAGCAAAGAUUUUGUCGUCCAGCUGACUCGUAUGAACGUGGGAGUGACUUGACAUUUUACAACUUGGAACAGGUCAUCGGGUCCCGUUUGUCAUUGUAAAUCUGCACGGGUGACGUUCAAGUGUCGAUUCGUAGGCUAGAUAAGGCGCAUACUUGCAAUUUCUGCCUGAGUCCGCCUUAUAAAGCGGCCAAGAUGAAGGUGAAAUGUCACUGGCUGCGCUGAGACAGACUUUGCACCUUUGCGCAACCAACGCUGUCGACAUGCAAGUGACAUUGUAUUUGGGAACUGCCGCUAACACUGCCAUGGAAUCGUCAUAAAAAGAUGACAUCAUUCCAACCAAAGCCUGAGGUACGAUGUGGAGUCAGGCGGUUCAUGGACUCGUCCUGGAGUUCAACCACAAGCUUUUUCUACUGACGGCUUGCACCGUUCCAGUCCUGCUUGGGUGAGGUUAACUUUUGGAGGAGACGGCUGCCCUCAAGUGGAGCUACCCUGCUACUGCUACUGAAGCAGAAAUGCUUCUGCGCUUGUGAGAAAUGCCCCGAAAGCACCGAUUUGGCAAGAGGGUAGUCAGACCAAAGACUGGGCACUGGCACAUUGUGAUCUUUUACAAACCAUCAAUCCACUCAGUGCUUCUCUGGAGAGUUCCACCUCACGCGGUGGGGUCGCUUAAGAGUGAGCUGGAGGCGACCCAAACUGAAAUUGGUGGAGAGGCGCAGGGUACACCCCCGGACCGCUGGCGAGUCGAGGGCGGGGCACAUGCACAUCCACACCUCUGGUCCACUUCCGACUUUUCAAGCGUCCUUGUUUAACAUGGGAGAAGAUUGAAAGGCCGGAGCCCCGUCGCUCACAAACACAACGGUGACGUCUUGGAUUUUAGAAGGAGUUAAAAAGUCGGCCAAAAUGAAACGGCCACUUGAAACAUGAACCCCGGCUCGAAACCAAACUUUGAAACCUUAACCCUGACUUUGAAAACUUAACUCACCCUUCUCUUAAAGCCCUAUUUUGGAAUUCCAGGCCUGGCUUGAUAUACACCUAUUAGUUAAAAAAAAAAAAAAAAA